UGGAAGUCAAAUAUUGUUCGUUAUUUAAAUAUCUAUUAGACAUAUUAACAACUUUAAAUAUUUAAAUAUUUAUAUAUUUUACACUAGAAAUUUGCAGAAUUUUUUAAAUAAAAAUAAUGGAGCCUAUGACAUUAGGAUCACCUGCUGGAAGUCCUAUGCAAAGUCCUGGAAGUCCAGGAACUUCUGCAUAUCUUCCAAGUUUUCUUUUAGGUGAUACUACUACACCUGCUAAAAUUAAUUUGACAAGUCCUCAAGAUACUCCAAAACAAUUGCAUAUUGGACAUAGUGGACUUACAUCUCCAUUAUCUAAUUAUGGUACUCCAGACUAUCGUACUAAUCGUCAAAAAGCAGUAUUCAGAGGUGCUAAUACUCCUAAUACAUCACAAAUAGUCACAGAAAGUCAUUCUGGUGGACCUCCAACAGUAGAAUUAUUUGAUACUGUAGAAAGUUUAAAAACUACAUCUAAUCAAUGCAGUUUAUCAACACCAAAUCAAAGUAUAUCAUAUAAUCAACCAAGACUUUUGCAUAGUUCUAUAUUCAGUGAUAGUGGAUUGAAUCCUAAUACAUCUGAAUCACAAGGUCUUUUACAAUGGGUAACUGUUUUUGGUUUUCCUCCUAGUGAUAUGAAUAAUGUUUUGGCUCAUAUUUCGAGCAGAGUUCGCAUAGUAGAUAAACAUCCUCCACCACAUUCACAAAGCAAUUGGAUACACUUAAAAUGUGCUUCAGAACUAGAAGCACAAAGGGCACUUGCAUGUAAUGGAAAUAUAGUAUCUGGAUCUAUAAUGAUCGGCGUAAUUCCUUGUACAGAUGAGGGUGUUAUAUUGCGGUGUGAUAAAGAAAGAAGUUGUUCGAAAAUGAAUGGAAGUAUUAAAUCUUUUUGUAAUAUAGGACGACUCAGUAAAUCACCAGAAUAUAGUACACCACGCACGCCAAUUAGAAUACAAAGUGCAAGACCAUUGGCAGUUGGGUAUAAUCAAAAUCUUAGCUCUCAAUCAGUAAGAUCACCAGAAAAUGUUCCACAAAAAUCUACAGGUUUAGUCUCAAAAGCAAUGGAAUAUAUGUUUGGUUGGUAAUUUUUAAA